AUGGGAGGAAUUCUCGGCCGGCCGAAGCAGCAUCGCGGGGACGGGAAAGUUGUCGCUAUAACGGGAUGCUCUAAAGGGGGAUUGGGUAGAGGCGAUGGAAGGGCUGCAGAAGCAGGGCGUGAGUACAGUGAAGCUGCCAUUCCUCCCAUCGCCCCUCAUCCCCUCCAGCCCACCCACUCCUCCCCCUCCCCUCCUCACUCCCCCCACGACCAGGGACUAUGCACGGCGGGUAGAGGCGAUAGAGGGGCUAGAGGAGCAAGGCGUGAAUUCAGUGAAGCUGCCAUUCCUCCCAUCGCCCCUCUCCUCUCCCCCUCCCCUCCUCCCCUCCCCUCCUCUCCCCCUCCCCCUCCUCUCCCCAUCCCCUCCUCCCCUCCCCCUCCUCUCCCCCUCCCCUCCUCCCCUCCCCCUCCUCUCCCCCUCCCCUCUUCUCUCCACACGACCAGGGAAUAUGCACGGAGGGGUGCCAAGGUGUUUGCGACGGCGCGGUCGGUAGAUGCCAUGGAAGGGUUGCAAGAGCAGGGCGUGAAUACAUUGAAGCUGGAUGUGACUAAAGAGGGUGAUAUUAAGUCUGCAGUGGAUGUGAUUGUAAAGAGCGCCGGGCAGAUCGACAUUCUGGUGAACAACGCGGGAGUGCUUAUAAUGGGGCCCGUGGCGGACCUCCCUCUCUCCUCCUGGCGCCAAGGCUUUGAAACCAACCUGCUGGGGGCAGUGGCUUUGGCACAGGCUGUGUUUCCCCACAUGGCUGAGAGGCGGAGCGGGCGCAUUGUGAAUAUGUCGAGCAUCCUGGGAUACCAGGCAUUGCCCAUGGGUGCUGUGUAUUCAGCGUCCAAGGCAGCCCUGACAGCAGCAACCAACUGCAUGCGCAUGGAGACGAAGCCCUUCCCUCUGGACCCCCCUGCCUCUCCCACAAUCUCCAUGGCAGGCCCAUGGGUGCUCAAAUUCACCAACAUUUCUGCAGAAAAAAAAAAAAAAAAAAGAAGAAGAAGAAGAAGAAGAAGAAGAAGAAGAAAGAAGAAGAAGAAGAAGAAGAAGAAGAAGAAGAAGAAGAAGAAGAAGAAGAAGAAGAAGAAGAGAGAAGAGAGAGAGAGGAGGAGGAGGAGGAGGAGGAGGAGAGGAGGAGGAGGAGGAGGAGGAGGAGGAGGAGGAGGAGGAGGAGGAGGAGGAGGAGGAGGAGGAGGAGGAGGAGGAGGAGGAGGAGGAGGAGAGGAGGAGGAGGAGGAGGAGGAGGAGGAGGAGGAGGAGGAGGAGGAGGAGGAGGAGGAGGAGGAGGAGGAGGAGGAGGAGGAGGAGGAGGAGGAGGAGGAGGAGGAGGAGGAGGAGAGGAGGAGGAGGAGGAGGAGGAGGAGGAGGAGGAGGAGGAGGAGGAGGAGGAGGAGGAGGAGGAGGAAGAAGAAGAAGAAGAAGAAGAAAGAAGAAGAAGAAAAAGAAGAAAGAAGAAGAAGAAGAGAAGAAGAAGAAGAAGAAGAAGAAGAAAGAAGAAAGAAGAAGAAGAAGACACCCUUUCGCAAGCUUCGAUAG